UAAAAUUUGAUAAUUAGCAAGAUACAGCAUAAAAUAAAUGCCAUUCUAGUCGGUCACUUGAGUCUCCGUGGCCGUCAUGGGUUUCAAAAUGAUGGUGCCCUUAGUUUUAUUUUUAGUAGGAUUUGUUAGCGCAGAUCCGUUGGAAUUUAGAUCAAAUUUUGAAUAUUUAGAAUAUAAUACUAAUGUAGCUGCACCAAAAUACAGACUUUUAGACAUCGUUCAACCUUUAGACGUCUUCGUAGAUCUUGAUGUAUAUUUGUCUGAAUCAAGGUUUAAUGGAUUAGUGCAACUAGUUGUUGAUGUGCGACAAAACCUAACUCAAAUUGUUCUGCACCAAAAUGUAGUAUCAAUACAAGGAGUGAAUGUUAUCGAUACUAGUAGCCGACCUGUUCCACUAAACACGACGACUCCAUUCGAAAUUGAUUCUUAUUUCGAACUGUUAAAGAUUAAUUUCGACAGAGUUGUUAUGCCUGGUCGCUACACUAUUACUGUCAGUUAUUUGGGUCGAAUUAACGAAAAUCCCGUUGAUCGUGGUUUUUACAAAGGUUACUACUACUAUGGAACUCAGAAGAGGGAAUACGCUACAACUCAGUUCCAACCUUUCCACGCAAGAAAAGCAUUCCCCUGUUUUGAUGAGCCGCAAUUCAAAUCGAGAUUUUUUAUUUCUAUCACAAGAGAUAGAAAUCUCAGCCCGUCCUUCUCUAACAUGGACAUCAGAGAGACUCAAAUAGUUUCAGCUAAUCGAGUACGCGAAGCAUUCCUUCCAACUCCUAUCGUCUCUGCGUAUUUAGUGGCAUUCCAUGUCAGCGACUUUGUGGCGACUAACUUGACCGGCACCCUCAGAAAACCUUUCCGAAUUAUUUCUAGACAAGGCCCUACCAAUCAGCAUGCAUAUGCCGCAGAUAUUGGUUUAAGAAUCACCGAUAGAUUGGAUGAAUACUUUGAUAUUGGGUAUUAUGACAUGGGUCAAGGUCAACUAAUGAAAAACGAUCACAUCGCUCUGCCUGACUUCCCGUCAGGUGCAAUGGAGAAUUGGGGAAUGGUGAAUUACAGGGAAGCCUACUUAUUGUAUGAUCCUGCUCACACCAAUUUGAAUAACAAAAUCUUCAUUGCUACGAUCAUGGCUCACGAGCUCGCCCACAAGUGGUACGGUAAUUUGGUAACUUGCUUCUGGUGGAGCAACUUGUGGCUCAAUGAAUCUUUUGCCAGUUUCUUCGAAUACUUCGGCGCUCAUUAUGCUGAUCCAUCUCUAGAAUUAGAUGAUCAAUUCGUGGUAGACUAUGUACACAGCGCAUUAAAUUGGGACGCUGGGGCAGGAGCUACUCCCAUGAAUUGGACUGGAGUGGUGACCAACCCGUCCAUCUCCUCCCAUUUUAGUACUACGAGCUACGCUAAAGGUGCAUCUGUAUUAAAGACUCUUGAACAUUUUGUUGGUUUCAAUACAUUUAGAAACGCUCUCAGAAUUUAUUUGAGAAAUAAUGCUUACGGUGUCGGUUAUCCCGAAGAUAUGUACGCAGCGUUCAAAACGGCCGUGUCGCAAGACUCGACAUUCGCCAGAGACUUCCCCAAUAUUGAUAUCGGCCGAGUGUUCGACAGUUGGGUUCAGAACCCUGGCUCGCCUGUCGUCAAUGUCUACGUUAACAUGUCUAACGGUGAAGUUACCUUAACUCAACAACGCUUCCAACUGACCGGCACACCGAAUCCAACUCUCUGGCAAAUACCGAUCUCGUGGACUCAUAGCGCCGAGAUGAACUUUGAGAGUACGAGACCCAGAUUUGUUAUGACCACAGAGUCCACUGUCAUCCGCAAAGAUCCCGGACAUCACUGGGUCAUGUUAAAUAUAGCUCAAUCUGGUCUAUAUCGUGUUAAUUAUGAUGACCAUAACUGGGAGAUGAUCGCUUCUCAUUUGCGUAGGAACAGAACUAGCAUUCACAAGUUGAACAGAGCACAGAUUGUAAACGAUGUGUUAUACUUCGUCCGUGCCGGAGUGAUCAACGUGAACCGCGCUUUCGACGUCCUGUCGUUCUUGAAGGAUGAGACUGACUACUACGUGUGGGCAGGCGCUCUCGGACAGCUUGACUGGAUCAGAGCUAGGCUGGAACAUCUGCCAGUUGCUCAUCAGGAGUUCAGUGCCUAUUUAAUGGAACUGAUGGAAACUGUCAUCCGUAAUUUGGGUUAUGAAGAACGUACUACUGACUCCACUUCUACUAUUCUCAACCGCAUGCAGAUUCUCAACUACGCCUGCAACAUGGGACACGAAGGCUGCAUUGCUGACAGUCUUGCUAAAUGGCGUGCAUUCAGACAAAAUGAAAACAAUUUAGUCCCGGUUAACGCCCGCCGCUACGUCUACUGCACCGGACUGCGUCACGGCAACAGCAGCGACUACGACUUUCUCUUCCGGAAGUACAACGAGAGCGACAAUACGGCCGACAUGGUUGUCAUGCUGCGCACGCUUGCCUGCACCAGAGAUAGAGUUUCUUUGGAACACUACUUGCAGCAAUCCAUGUACAAUGACAAGAUCCGCAUCCACGACCGUACUAACGCGUUCCAGUACGCGCUGCAAGGCAACCGCGAGAACUUCCAGAUUGUACUCAACUUCUUAUACAACUACUUCGAGGCUAUCCGCACUACUUAUGGUGGCGAUGCGAGACUCGAUAUCUGUAUAAAUGCGCUGCCAGGAUUCAUGAGAGAGUUCCAACAUAUUUCACAGUUCCAAUCUUGGGCGUACAGAAACCAGAUUGCUCUUGGUUCUUCGUUCUCUGCUAGUGUGAACGUCGUGUCUAGUAGUAUAUCCAACUUGGAAUGGGGUAACAACGCGGCCGUUCAGUUGCUUACUGCCGUGAGAAAUGUCAGAAGCUCUGCGGGUUCUGUAACCGUCUCUGUUGUCAUGCUGAUGGUUGCUUUGGCAGUAAAUUUAUUUAAAUGAUUGAG